AUGAACAUUCGGAAGCACACCUGGCGCCACCCGAAUGGCGAAUCGUGCACACAAAUCGAUCACGUUUUGGUGGACGUGAUGGACGUCCGAUCGUACAGAGGACCGAACAUCGACUCUGAUCACUUCCUGGUAACGUGCAAGAUCCGAGCUAGGCUGUCGAACGUGUUGACCCCGCGGACUGCGAGGAUAGUGCGGUUGAACGUCCAGCGCCUCGCGAGCAGCGACGUUGCUGCGGAGUACAGUCGGAAGCUCGACGAGCGGAUCAACGAGGACGCGCCUACGGGUAACCUGGACGAGCAAUGGGGAGCCCUCCAGAGCAUCGUCAACACAACGGCUACCGAAGUGAUCGGCACGACCAGAGGACGCAAACCCAAAGGGUGGUUCGAUGCGGAGUGCCAGCGAGUGACGGACGAGAAGAACGAGGCCAGGAAGCGUAUGCUCGUUAAGGGUACGCGCCGAAACUGUGAGCGAUACAGUGAGUUGCGAAGAGCAGAGAAACGAAUCCACCGCCGAAAAGAACGGGAGUACGACGAAACGGUACUUGCCGAAGCGGAAGCACAGUACAACGCGAACGAUAAGCGGAGGUUUUACGCGACUGUCAACGGUGUAAGAAGGAAAACCACGCCUUCCCUGUGA